AUGUACAAACACUGCAAAGACCCUGAAACAACCAAUGCAACACACAGCAAGUGGACACUGAACUCCUUCAUCGUAUCUGCCAGCAUCAAUAACAGCAAACACGUCAGCAACCUAAAGGAUCGAGUGGUGGUGACCCUCAGCAAUCAGAAACCCAAACAGCCAGAGGACAAGGUGAAGUGUAUGUUUUGGGACUUCCAGAGAAACGGUGGUCAGGGUGGUUGGAACAGCAGUGGUUGUGAGACUCUGAGUAUUUCUGCUCAUCAGACCAGCUGUCUCUGUGAUCACCUCACACACUUCGCUGUGCUCCUGGAUGUGUCCAGAACACCUAUCAGUGACGCUGACAAUCAGAUUCUGACAGUGAUCUCAUAUCUUGGUUGUGGUAUAUCAUCCAUCUUUCUGGGCAUCACUCUUCUCACCUACCUCGCUUUUGAGAAGCUGCGUCGAGACAAUCCAUCUAAGAUCCUGAUCAACCUGUCAGUCGCCCUGCUGGGCCUGAGCAUGCUCUUCCUGCUGGACUCCUGGCUCUCCUCCUUCUCCAGCUACGGUCUGUGCAUCGCCACUGCUGCUACGCUGCACUACUUCCUGCUGGCCUCUUUCACUUGGAUGGGCCUGGAGGCAGUGCACAUGUACCUCGCACUGGUCAAGGUCUUCAACAUCUACAUUCCCUCCUACAUCCUCAAGUUCUGUGCUGUCGGAUGGGGUGUUCCUCUGGUCAUAGUCAGCCUGGUGCUGGCCAUAGAUAAAGAUGCUUACGGCAGUGCUCUGCCUCAGGAGACUGCAGCCGUGCUUCAGUACACUGACCAGUUCUGCUGGCUGCAGAAUGACGUCUUCUUCUACGUGACGGUGGUGGCAUUUAUCUUACUGAUCCUGCUGUGCAACAUCUCGGUGUUCAUUGUGGUUCUGCUCCAGAUCAGACGGAUGAGAGCCAAUAAGCAUUCGACAAACAGCCUCAACUCUCUGCAUGACUUGAGGGCGGUGGCCAGCCUCACCGUCCUGUUAGGCCUGACGUGGUUGAUGGGCUUUUUUUCAUUUGGGCCAGGCAAAGUGGUCAUGAUGUACCUGUUCUCCAUCUUCAACUCCCUGCAGGGGUUCUUUCUGUUCUUGUUCCACUGUUUGAUGAAGGAAAAUGUGAGGAAACAGUGGAGAAUCCACUUGUGCUGUGGCCGCUUCAGACUCAGUGAUUACUCAGACUGGAGCCGCUCUGUGACCGUGGGCGGUCGCCACAAAAAGAAUCAUCUUGUUAAUUCUGACUCAGGCGCUUCUGACAACACUUCCACCAUCAGGAAGGUCUCAGACUCCUCUACAGGAUCAGCUCCAAACCAGCACCAGGGGGCGUGAGCGGGCCUCUGUUUUUUUCUGUGCAGCUCUUCUUUGGACAAUCACAAACACUGAUAGCAGAAAAUAAAAUGUGUCUGUUAUGGGCAGGGAAAGAUCAAAUAAGCCACCGGUUCAGCAAGCUACAAUGACUCCUUGGACACUCCCGCACCUUAAUCAACCAUGAAAUUAUGAUAAUACUUUGCUGACUGUCAGUUCAAAGUACAGCAAAGUUAUGUGCUCUGAAAACUGUUAACUUUUAAUGUACAUCUUUACCUUCACAGCAUUGCUUUCACUGCCGAGUUAAAGGGCCAAUAGCUGGAAAGAAAUGUUUUGUGUUUGUACAACUUUUGAGAAGGAAAAGUAAUUAGUAAAGUGAAUGUUGCACAGGAAGCAGUUAUUUCCCAUUUAAAGGUAUAUUAUGUAACUUUUACUUAUUUAGUUGUCAUUAAAAAACUGCAAUAUGCUGUAUAUUUUGUUGUGUAUUUAC